GUUCAUGAAAGUGGAUUAACCGCACUGAGAGGGAUGAAUUAAUUCCGAUUGCUAUCAUAACUUUAGGAUUAAUUAAUUUAAUUUUAGUUGACGCUUUCGUGGUGAUUGUGGUGUAAUAUGUGACCAGGGAGAAGCAGGAGUUUACACCUACGGAAGUCCUCUAAUGCAGCUCUUCCUAUUACACACCCCCUUCAUCCUCCCUUCUUCCCCCUCUCCCUCCCGUGUGCCAUUCCUCUCAUCACUCUGUCUUUCUGUGACCUCUCCAUCAUCCAUCCACCUUCUUCUGUUAUUGUUCCCUGUACCUCCUGAAUCCUGCUGUUCCCACUCUCUACCAGUUGUGUGUGUGCCAUCUAUUGUAUGUCUGUGUCGGUGAGAAACCUUCUACAGCGGCGGCGCUCUCUGGGUCCCGCCUCGCCUAAACGCGUCUACAGGAACCUGUCGGUUAGGCUGAGGGGCGGAGAGUCCUCUGCUGCCGGGGAGACAGGCAUGCCGAAACAUUCAUGCAAGGCCACACCCACAUAUAAGAACCUGUGGGAGGCAGUGGAGAAUGAGGACACCCUGGCGGUGCAGAGCCUGCUAUUCAGGGACAGAGUGUGUGGCGGAGGAGGAGGAUGGGAUACAGGGGAGAAGAAAGAGAAGGAUUGGGAAAGAGAGAGGGAAAAGGGUGUAAACAGAGUGAGUGAGCAGGGCCUGGUACCUCUGGACGUGGCUGCUCUAACCCAGAACUCCCCUCUGCUGCAUGUGUUGACAAAGGCAGGAGCCAGACACAACCCCGUCUUGUGUGGUCCGGCUGAGUGGUUGUGCAAGCUGGAUGCCCUGGUGGUGUUGGCCGGCAGGCAGGUGGAGGACAGGAGGGAGGAGCUACUGGUUCGAGCAGGGGCGGGGCCACAUGUGCAGGCCGACAUUCAGAGACAGCUCCACCUCUGGACCCUACGGCAGCAGCUGUACUGCAGGAUGAGGGAGAGCUUCCACCACACAGACCUCCCUGGCCCUCCCAGUAGUGUGUCACUGUUUGUGACCAGUGCCUCUUCCCUGUUUGUGUCCAUUCGAGAGCCAACCGGUAUCGCCACUGGAUUGAUCACACGCUACAGAGUGGAAUGGAGCACCUCUGCCAACUUCAAGAGCAUACUUGGCUCAGCCCAGGUGAUCGACACUAAGACCCCCAUCCAUAGCAUCACAGGACUCACGACAGGAGUGCACUACUUUGUGAGAGUGACCGCCUACAAUGUGAAGGGAUGGGGCCUGGCUCAGAGCUCCAGCCCAGUCAGUGCUGCCCCCUCCAGCUGGAGGGAGUGUAUGGGGGUGAAAACUCCAAGCAGGAACAAGGAGGCUUUGGUCAGGAGACUGUUGGAGCAGACCAGAGAGCCACACUACAGGGGAUACUGUAUAGAGAGCUCAAAGCCCCAGAGCCACAGAAAGCGCCUGUCAAUGUCUCGCGGCCUGAAGCAGCUCUUCCAGUCAGCCACCAAGUUUGUCCGUCUCCUACAGAGGGGUGUAUACCUGGCAACUGUGUUCUACAACAAGGAAAACAUCCUGGUCACAGCAGAUGACCAGCUCCCAUUGGUGGAGAUCCAGUGCUGCUCCACCUCCAUCACUCAGGACUUCCUUUGGUUCGCCAAGUUGUCCUGUGCGUGGCAACAGGUGCCCUGGCUCCAGCAGGCCCUCUCCUCCGCUCUCUCCUCCUCUUCAUCACUCCUUCAGAACAGGCACAAUAUCUUGCAGGCUGUAGCACAACUACAGUCCUCUCUGGGGACAGUAGACUUGGGGCAGGUGUACUAUGAGCCUCUGAAGGACAGGCAGGGUAACGUUCUGCUGGUGACGGUGAGGGAUUGUGCGGCCCACACCAAACCCCCUGACCCCCCUCUCCACUGGGUCCCCCUGGCUUUGCUGGAGAAGAAACAGAGCAGGACCCCUCUACUCCCAGAGCCUACUGCCAUGGACACCCUCACAGAGCAGCUCAAGGAGAAGCUGUCCUUCCACAGACGCAGUGUCCAGUGGGCCCAGCCUGGCCUGUACGUGGGCAUCUUGAAGCUGUGCAGCACAGUGGAGCAGAUCAGGGUUCUAGUGCCCCAGAGGCUGCCCAACCUGCUAUGCCACGCCAGAGUGCGCCACAAUCCCCAUGUGUCCCGAGAUGAAUGGGCGUGGUUACAAUGCCACAACAUCUUAACAGCCAAUGAGGACACAGAGGGUGAGGAUGAGACCUCGAUGGACAGCUCUGGGCUGGGGGAGUUUGUGAGGUCACUCAGGGCCGCUGUCACUCUCUUGUUGACAAAGCUCAACAUCCCCCUCUACAGGGCAUAUCAGUACGGUGUGUACACCCGGGAACUGCUGCAGUUUGGGGAUAAGAUGUCCAUGCUGCUCCUGCUGCCCCCCAGUGAGGACUUCAGCUCUAGCUACUGGCCCCUAGUUGGCACCAAGGAGCCAGGCCUCACAAUGCCACUGCAGAUCUUUGAGCUGGUGCACUUCUGGACGUACGAGCAAGACUUCCUGUCUCAGUACUGUCAGGUCUGGGUUCGGUUGGAGCUGGACGCCCAUCUGUCCCAGCAGGCUUUGCGAGAAGCUCUGGACACUAAGGAGGUGCAGGAGGCCAGAGGCCGUCUUGGUCACAUCACUCAGCUCUCACAGAGUCUUGAGGUGGUGUGGCGCGAGGCCCGGUGGAUCAUGGAUGUCCUGCAGUGUGUCCGCUCUAAACAGUGGGUGGGGGCGGUGCCACUGGGCCUGGUCAUGGGAGGAGACCCACCUGCCCACCCAGACGAUGAGGAGGAUGACAGGCCUACCACCAGAGUCUGGCCCCAGCGCAUACUCUCUCAAAAGAAAAUAUCAGAGAGCAUUACAUGUACUGUUACAGACAUUGGUGUCAGCGGUGGGAUCUCUGAGCCAAUAUUUAUCCCGGGGGUCCAUGAAGAGGCUGUCUGUUUAAUGGAAGGGACUAGCAAAGGUGGGUACCCCGUGGACCUCAGUGCCCAACAGCCUAUUGUGGCGUUCAACAGCCUGGACCAAUCAGGAGUUGGAUUCGACAGUGUGACCCAAUCAGAAGUGGUAUAUCAUAACAUUAUGGCCCAAUCAGAAGUGGUAGAUCAUGACAGUGGAGAACUGGAGUAUCCCCACAGUUUUGUCAGUGAUGUGAUCCCACCUCUACCAGAGCUGGACCUCAUCUUCCCCACACUGAGUCUGAUAGACGAAGAGAGGAAGGAGGACCCUGUACCUGGGGGGAUGGAUAUGUUAGACAGCUUAAGUCUUGGAGUCGGUGAAAGCGAGGCUUUCUUUGGACUAAACUCUGACUUGAUGAGUGGACCUAAGGGUUGCUCUCUCUCUGAUGUGCAUCAUGAUACGAACACACUGACAGCAGGCCUUAGUUUAGGAGACAGAACCUGUGCAGAUACACUGUUCUCAAGUCAUUUAGAUGGGCUGGCCACAUCUGCCCCUUCUCCCAUUGUGAGGACCACACCUGCCCAAAGCUGGGAUUUACCUACAGAGGACACUGUGAUACAUGCUGGCAACAGGGGGAGCAGCAUGCCAGCCAGGAGCCAGGUGGAGUGGGUGAACUCCUCUAACCAGGCAUCCUGAUGUAUCCAGAUAUUGUUAUGACUGAACGUUACACCAAAAUACAACCAAUUCUCAACAAAUUCUUAAUAUACUUUCAGUGCCUUUAAGCAGGUGUGGCAACCGAUGGGAUAUUCAUGGUUGUUUUCUCAUCACAUUAUCUUACUCUCUGUAGUUGUUCCAGUGGUGAAAUCACUUCAUGCACACCAACCACUACAAUGUAGAAUUCAUUUCAAAAUUGUCGCACAACAUAUUCAAACCAUGGGGCAAGGAUGAAACUCACAAAUAUGACCUGGUAUCCCACAGCUGUAGACAUUCCCAGCUGAAUUGUUGUGUGUAUUUGUAAUGGGGAAUUAUUUGAUUAAUUUGUCUCCUGUAUUUGAUUUACUGUAACUAAGUACUGAUGUUCCUACCUUUGACCUGUUUAACUGCCAGUAUCAAAUGUCUGCCAGUAUUGAAUGUUAUGGUUAAAGUUUGAUGCCACACUGAGCCUGAAGCCGCUGAUGUUGUGUCUUCCUCCCAGCCUCUCAGGCUGGUGUUUACAGAACAUUUGGUACUGUCGGAUUAGAAUAUAAAGGGCCUGUCUCCAAGAGACCCGCUAUACAUUUUCUGUGCUUCUGUACACGAGAUGUCUCCCUGUUGCAACUUGUAUUAACCUGAAUUGAUUUAUGAUUGACUAUAUCCACAACUUGCUCUUCUCUUUUGUUCAACUGAAAAUACUCUUUACAGUAUUUUUCUCUAUUAACCUGUUUGUAAUUUUGUCCUUUUAACACACAACUAGCUAGUCUACAGUAAAAUCAGUUGAAUGGUUUAUCUUCAUGAAAUUACCCAAAAAAUAUAUUUUCAGCUGUAUUUGUGUUGUUCCACAUUUUAUUAACAAGACAAAGGGUUAGCUAUCUUUUUUUACAUUAUCCUUUUCAGAAACGUAUGUGUAUUUGAAAAGAAUACAUAGGCCAACUGGGUAUUAAGGUGAGGAUAUGUGUGAGGAUAUCAAUUCAAAAUGCCAAUAUUAAAGGUCCAAUGCAAACGUU